AUGCCUACUGUACUACCACCAAUUAGCGAACCAACGGCGGCAAACGAAAAGAUUGGGGGUGUUCCAAUAUUGCACUACUUUGACUUUGGAUCGAAAGGACGUGGAGAGGUGCUCCGUCUCUUCUUCUACGACGCUGAAAUUUCUUUCAUCGACAAACGUUACACAUUCCAAGAGUUUCCAGAAUACCAGAAAUCCAUUAUUGUUCCCAAAAUGAAUCCCACAGGCUCUAUUCCCAUUGUGGAACUCAACGAUGAGUUCCUGACCCAAUCAGCACCCGUUUUACGUUUGUUCUCGUAUCGUUUGGACGGCGCCUACAACGGCACGACACCAGAAACCACGUAUUGGGUGGACGCCAUGGCAGACAUUGUGAUCGAUUUCCGAGCAUUGUUUGCCAAAGCCUAUUUCGCAGAGGAUAAGACAGAGUUUGAAGAACAUUUGAAAAAAGAUGUUCCAAAAUAUUUAGUCGUAUUUGAGAAGCAUUUGAAAAAGUACGGCGGUCCAUUUUUUAUUGGAAAGGAGAUUACGUAUGCCGAUUUUAUGUUAUGGCAAGUGAUCCAUGAUGACGGAUUGCUGAAAGGAAAUGGACUAGAUGGAUAUCCUCUAAUGCAAAUGCAUGCAAAUGCUUUAAUGAAAAGACCCAAUAUCAAAAAAUACUUUGCUUCAGACAGGUAUCAUGUAUAACUUUGCUUGUUUGGUAAGAUGGGUAGAUAAACUAUUUGUAAUUAGAAUUAUGAAGUUUUUUCGAACGAUGAUUCAAUUGUGUGUGAAGCAGCGAUCAUAUUUUAAACAAAAAUACAAGUUCGACGGCGUUAAGAAAUAAUUAAAUUUCUUUGAGAAGUGAAUAAUAAACUGGGUCCCGUUUGAACUCGAGAGCUCUUACAUUGUCUACAGGCAUUUACACUAGCUUAUCACACUGCAGACAUUUACGAAUCUGUCAUGUAAUCGUAACUAACGCGAGUUUUCAAAUCUAACGAGUAAAGCAGAGAAAUGCUAUAGGCAUGGGAUUAGAGCAAAGCACUCUGUCAUUCAAAACAAACAGCAUUGGUAUACAAAUAUACCAUUCAAGAUGUGUUGUAACAAUACGAAAGAAAUCUUUUCUAAACGAAUUAAACGUUCGCUUCCUGCUCAUACUGAUGAACUUGCCGCGAGACAUCCAUGCAUUUUCACAAGCUAGUUCAGACAUCAUUGUAUAGGAAACGACGAGUGGAAUCGAAUGCAUAUAUCAUCGUAGUUUCUUUAUCCUAAGAAAGCGGCAGUCGUUUUCGUUUAAAAUACAUGACAAAAACGUUAAUUCAAAAUAAGAUGUUGACUACAUCUGUUCUUGAGUUACAGUCGGUAAUAAAAAAUACUAUUAUUUUUUCAAUGGUAAAAAUGAAUGCAGAAAUACAACUCAGGAUUUGUCAGCAAAACUAUAAAGCUUUUUCAAUAAUGUGGACAACUUAUUCCGUUACGUACAUCAGCUAAAUGCUAACUCACCUGUCGUUAAAUUGCACAGUAUCUGUUUGACUAGAAGCCGUAGCGAUCGCACCGCAAAUAUUUUCGACGUGGUCGAACGAAACAACGGAAAUUCCAAAUUUUCCUGAAAAGCUAAGUUUUGGUAGUUCUAUCAUACUUGAGUGAAGAAUGAGAAAAAAGAGAGCAACAGAAGAACGAAAAAAUGACGUUUACUAAUUGGGCCAUUUCUAUUCAUCUAGGCAUGAACAUAACAAUAGUCAUCAUCGGAAUCGUAAACUUUCGUAGGAUUUCUAUUCGUUCGAAAGAAUAAUUCAUAUCCAAGGUUAUCGUUCCUGCAAAUUUAAAGAAAGUAAAACUGCAUAAAUAAAUCAAAAGAGACGUAUCUCCAGAUACAGUUCUUAGUUCAAUGGCUUACAUUCCAUGAUAACAGCAGUGACUGAAGUACACUAUGAACAUGUAUGUUCAUGUAGACUAUCAUGGUAGUCGUCUGCAAACCAUGAUAUUCGUCUACAGAAUAUGUUUAAUUCAAUUCAAACAAAAACAUAAUCAGUUUGAUUAAAUCAAACUUGUAUUCCUAAAUGAACAAUACUUCUAUAACCAAUUUUGUAUUAAAGAGUUUGCAACAGAAAAGUUGUUGAGAAAUAACUCACUUUUACUUUUAUUUAUACAUUAUACGCUCCCCUUUCUUGUAAUCGAUGCUCCUAAAGAACAGUUGAGCUCUGCAGUUGUAUUAGCAAUCUCUUUAGAAAGUCUUGAAUAUAAAUGUCUGGGAUGAUAAGGACGUGACCAUCGCAAAUCUAUCUUUUUGUUUAUACCACUUGUUAUCGAAUUCAAAAGUCAUAUUUUCAACACAAAAAUAAACUAAUGCAACCAUUUCUAAACCGUUUUAGGUUUCGUACAAGACAUGGUACAGUACGAAACUGUUUAAGUGCAUAAAUUCUAGCAGUUUUUUCUAAGCAAGUGGACCAUUUCAGUAGCUCAGGCGUGUUUUCCUUGGAUAGGACGACGAAAACUGGGCCAAAAAAAUAUCUGAAACUUCUGUAGUUUUUGAUUUUUCGAGAAAAACUCAUGAGGAAAAAACAUAGCGAAAUAAACAAAAGCACUGAUCAAUUGUUUCAAUGCACUUAAAACGGUUUCGUACUACACUUCUAUAUACCUUUUUAUGUUUCGUACAUAUGAAAAGUAUGACCUUUUGCCAGGCUCAGAGAUACAGGGUCAUUUGUAUAUCAAAAAGCUUAGAACUAAUUUUAUAUUAACUUAGCAUAAAAUUUGGAAUAGGGAAAUUCAGAAAAAAAUAAUUUUGAUUCGCGUUUUUUAGCGCCACUUUUUAUGUGUAUUUGCUUCUUAAAAUUAACAUCCGUUUUUUUAGCAUUUUUAUUCUUACAUACUUACUUAGUUAAAAUAAACC